AUGGACGACUUGGUUCCGGAAGGCGAAAAAGUCACCAUGGAGAAUUUCGCCCUUUUAAGGGUUCUAGGAAAAGGAGGUGAGUUUGGGGCCUGAAAGGCCUGAAAAUGGCCCGGAAAGGGCCUGAAAAGGGCCCGGAAAGGGCCUGAAAAGGGCCGUUUAGGCCUAAAAACAGCCCGAAAAAGCCUAAAAAAGCCCGAAAAAAGCCCAAUUCCCAUUGCAGCUUAUGGCAAAGUGUUUUUGGUGCGAAAAAUCGGCGGAAAAGAUCACAACACAAUCUACGCGAUGAAGGUUUUGCGAAAAACGCGAGUUCUGACGAAACAAAAAACUUUGGAGCACACAAUGGCUGAGAGACAAGUUCUGGAGCGACUUCGUGGUGUUCCAUUCUUGGUCAACCUUUUCUACGCCUUCCAAACUGACACAAAAUUGCAUAUUGUUAUGGGUAGGUCAAAUUUUCAUGAGUUUCGCGCGCGAUUUUCGAGUUCCCCGUGAAAUUUGGAGCUUUUUGAUAUCCAUAUGUCCAGGGUUUCUUUCGAUUUUGAUUUUGGCCACGCCCACUUUUCCAUGCCGCAGAUGGAAAAUGGGCGGAGCUUAAUUUCUAUCGGAAAAUUUUAGAUGGGUGAUUUGACGAUUUUUGACACCCAUAUUGCCUAGGUUUCGAUCAAUUUUGGAUUUUCGAAAAACCGUGCCGCACAUAGAAGUGGGCGUGGCCUAAAUUUAGAAUUUGAGAAAACCUAGGCAAUAUGGGUAUCAAAAUGUUCGUAAUAACUUUCUGAGGUCAAAUACAGUCGUUAAAAAUCUCAAGCUCCGCCCCUUUUUGCGGCAUGGAAAAGUGGGCGGAGCCUAAAUUUUUUUUUUAACCUUGACAAUAUGGGUAUCAAAAGACGCGUUUUCUCACGAGGAACUCAAAAAUCACCAAAUUUUUUGCAGAAUACGUGCGAGGCGGUGAGCUCUUCACACAUCUAUGCUCGCGCGGUAAUUUCGAAGUUGCGGCCGCCCGUUUCGUCAUCGCCGAACUCAUCGUCGCCAUCGACAAUCUACAUCAACGCAAGGUGAUCUACCGCGAUUUGAAACUCGAAAAUAUUCUACUCGACGAGGAGGGACACGUGAAGCUGACCGAUUUUGGGCUCAGCAAAUUGUUUUUGCCUGGGGAAUUGGAUCGAGCGAAUUCCUAUUGUGGAACUAUUGAAUAUAUGUGAGUCUCGGGGAAAUUUGGAGCAUUUUGAUACCCAUAUUGACUAGGCCACGCCCACAAAACUGUGCGCGGCUUGCAUAAAUAGGCCACGCCCCUAAAACCAUGCCGCAAAGAAAACCCUGCCUUGUUUGGUAUCAAAUUGAAGCUCUGCUUAAGCCACGCCCCUAAAACCAUGCCGCAAAGAAAACUAUACCUUAUUUGGUAUCAAAUUGAAGCUUUAGUCCUCCUCUAUAUGAAAAUUAGGCUCCGCCCCUAAAACCAUGCCUUGUUUGGUAUCAAAGUGUAGCUCUUCUUAGGCCACGCCCUUAAAACCAUGCCGCAAAGAAAACUAUACCUUGUUUGGUAUCAAAAUAAAGCUUUAGUCCUCCUGUAUAUGAAAAUUAGGCUCCGCCCACAAAACCCUGCCUUAUUUGGUAUCAAAAUGAAGCAUUUUCUGAAUUUCAGGUCGCCCGAAGUGAUAAAUCGUCCCGAAGGCGGCUACACAGAUGUUGUCGACUGGUGGUCGCUGGGUGUGAUCUCGUUCGAACUUCUCACCGGCUGCUCGCCGUUCACAGUCGACGGUGGACAAAAUUCGAGUAAAGAUAUUGCAAAGUACAGUUUUUUGCUGAAAAUCCCGAAUUUUUUGCUGAAAAUCCCCAAUUUUCAGACGAAUUUUGACGAAACGCGUGCCUUUUCCGAAAAACAUGGAUGCCGAAGCCAAAGAGUUCAUCACGGCAUUAUUGGAGAAGAAAUUAGAGAAGCGACUGGGUUUUAAUGGAGUUCAGGAGAUCAAGAGGUGGGCUCGGGAGAAUUUACAUGGUCCCACAGGGUUCCUCAAGAGAUUCUGAGCAUUUUGAGACCAAACAUGACUAGGCUCCGCCCACAAAACCGUGCCGCAGAUGAAAAAGAGCUUCCUCAAGUGAUUCUGGGCAUUUUGAGACCAAACAUGACUAGUUUUCGAGCUAAGCUCCGCCCACAAAACCGUGCCCUAACCUACCAAUUUUUUGCAGUCACCGCUUCUUGUCAAAUAUCGAUUGGGAGGCAGCGGAGAAGCGGAAAAUGGCUCCGGUGAUUGUUCCGCGCAUCGGACACGCUCUCGACACACAAUUCUUCUCGGCCGAGUUCACCUCACAACCACCGCUCUAUUCACCAGCGGAAUCGCCGCUCAAUGCGCAGACUUUGUUCCGGGUAAGCCACGCCCAAUUUUUUAGAUGAGCUAACUAGCUUCCAGAGGUGAUUUGGAGCAUUUUGAGAUCAAACAUGUAGAGGAUUGCUCAUGUUAAUAGGAUUGCUCAGAUUAAAGCUAGAGAAUAAGAUUGCUCAUUUUAGAGCUGGGAAUAAAAUUGCUCAUAUUAAGCUAAUAAUUAAUAUUGCUCAUAUUAAACUAGAAUAUAGGAUUGCUCAUGUUAAUAGGAUUGCUCAGGUUAAGCUAAGAAAUAAUAUUGCUCAUAAUAGGAUUGCUCAUUUUAGAGUUGGGAAUUAAAUUGCUCAUAUUAGGCUAGGAAACAAUAUUACCCAUUUUAGAGCUGGAAAAAUACGAUUGCUCAUGUUAAUAGGAUUGCUCAUGUUAAACCUAGAAAUGAGGAUUGCUCAUGUUAAACUAUAAAAAUAGGAUUGCUCAUAAUAAUAGGAUUGCUCAUGUUAAUAGAAUUGCUCAUAUUACGCUAGGAAAUAGGAUGGCUCAGGUCAAUCUAGAAAAAUAGGAUUGCUCAGGUUAAUAGGAUUGCUAAGGUAAAUGCUAGAAAAAUAGGAUUGCUCAGAUUAGAUCUAGAAAAUAGGAUUGCUCAUGUUAAAACUGGAAAAAUAGGAUUGCUCAUGUUAGUAGGAUUGCUCAUAGUAAGCUAGGAAAUAAUAUUGCUCAUUUAAGAACUAGAAAAUAGGAUUGCUCAUGUUAAAACUAGAAAAUAGGGUUGCUAGGCUAGAAAGUAGGAUUGCUAAUGUUAGAGAUGGAAAUUAAAUUGCUCAUAUUAAGUUAGGAAACAAAAUUACCCAUUUUAGAGCGAGAAAAAUAGGAUUGCUCAGAUUAAACCUCAAUUUCCUGCAGGGUUAUUCCUACGUCUCACCAUCCGUCAUUUUCGCCACCGACAAUGUGAUCGGCGAAGAAAUCAUGGGUGAAGAUGUGCAAAAUCUGCUCUCCAGCUCCCCGUUCUUCUCCAAAUAUCGACUAGAUCGCACCGAAACUGGACUUCUCGGAAAAGGCUCGUUUUCGGUGGUCAGGUAGGCCUUUUCAGCUCAAAAUUUAAGCCUAGACCAAAAAAAUUUCCAGAAAAUGCGAGCGAAUCGAGGAUGGCGUGCCGUUUGCCGUGAAAAUUGUGUCGCAAAAAUUUUCGCUGCAAGCGCAGCGAGAGUCCCGCAUUUUGGAGAUGGUUCAAGGUGGGUGGGAUUUUUGGGCUCCCGGGGGAGUGGGGAGCAUUUUGAGACCAAACAUGACUGGGUUUGGAGCUAGAUUAAGCCCCGCCCACAAAACUGUGCCCCAUUUUGCAAGCCUAAAAUUGCAGGCCACCCAAACAUCGUACGCUUGGUCGAUGUGCAAUCCGAUCGUCUUCACAUCUACCUCGUCAUGGAACUUCUGUCCGGCGCCGAACUUUUGGACAGAAUCAGACAGCUGACUAGAUUCACCGAGAUGGAAGCGGCUGAUAUUAUGAGGCAGCUGGUGUCGGCUGUACAAUAUUUGCACGACAAGAAAAUUGUGCACCGUGAUUUGAAACCUGAGGUUAGUUGAGUUAGGGGAACUCGGGGGACAAUUUUGACCUAAAAAAUUAUAGUUUUUGGGGUCCUAAAGGCUAAUAUGAGCAAUCUAACGGAAUUUGAUCAUUUUUGAACCCAUUUUGACCAAAAAAUCAUGAAAAAUCCAAGUUUUUGGGUCCUACAGCGAUAAAAUGUACAAAUUUGAUAGCAUUGCUCAUAUUAGACCAUUUUUUCAUCCAUCUUAACCCAAAAUUGAUGAAAAAUUCGAUUUUCCGCGUCCCAACACAAUCUCUCUACAGUAACCUACAGUAACCCUCUGUUUUCCAGAACAUUCUCUUCGAAAAUUCCGACUCGAAUGCGCGUCUCAGAUUGGUCGACUUCGGAUUCGCCCGUUUGCUUCCCAACUCAAUGGAACAACAAUUGAAGUCUGUGUACCGAAAGAUGUACGAGUUAGCCAAAGUCACCACCACACACACACAGUAUCUACAGUAACCUAGGACGGGGCGGGGGAGUACUGUGGAGUACGGUACUCGACGGGGCUUCAGAGUUCUCCUUUGGGGAAGGCUGUAGACUACGGUAUCGGUGGGUACAGUAUACCUACAGAUGUCCUACAGUAUCCCGGGAUUAUCCUUCUAAAAUAGAGAACACAGUAAUCCUGUGAGCUACAGUACUACCAUACAUUACUCCUAUAGGUUGUAUAACACUAUACAGUACCUCACAGAGCUCUACAGUUACUCUCUGGACUUCUCACUGUAUCUACAGUAUCCUACUCUGCCCCGCUCGGAUACCGUACUCCUACAGUACCCCUUGGUUACUGUAGAUCAACAAUUUUAUCAUUUUUUGUAGAUAGGCGAAUGCUUCUCUAUAUUUAUUUUUUCAUAUUUUUUUGAUUAGUAUAGUUAGUGGUGUCUUGAACUCUCGUACUUCUUUCCUUUUUCUCCUAGUUAGUCUAACUAACCGCAUGCUUUCAUCUAUCCCAAGGAGAUUUUGGCGCAAAUUUUUAACCCCACCAAUUUCUAGGACACCCUGCUUCACCCUACAGUAUGCCGCUCCGGAAGUGUUGGAUGUCGGCGACACGCAGCCCGAAUACAAUGAGCAAUGCGAUUUGUGGUCGUUGGGUGUGGUGAUGUUCACCAUGUUGUCGGGGCAGGUAGGCAGCAGCAGGGCUUAUGCCGGCAGGGCUUACGCCGGCAGGGUUUAUGCCGGCAGGGCUUAUCCCGGCAGGGCUUAUCCCGACAGGGCUUAUCCCGGCAGAGCUUAUCCCGACAGGGUUUAUCCCGGAAGGGUUUAUCCCGACAGGGUUUAUCCCGGAAGGGUUUAUCCCGGCAGGGCUUAUCCCGGCAGGGCUUAUUCCGGCAGGGUUUAGCCGGCCCAACCCUCAUACUCUACUCACACUCUCACUCUCUCUCUGCAGGUCCCAUUCCGUGCUCGUUCACUCCAAGAAUCCGCCACCGAAAUCAUGCAACGCAUCCGACGCGCCGAAUUCUCGUUCGAAGGUGACGCGUGGAAAAACGUGUCGCAAGACGCGAAAGAUCUCAUCACCGGUCUGUUGACGGUGGAUCCCAAGAAGCGAUUGUCGAUGCGCGAAUUGAGCUCGCACAAGUGGUUGAAGUCGCCGAGUUUGGACACACCUUUGCAGACACCAAGUGUGCUACCAACGUCGGCUGGUGAGUUUUUGGGGUAGAUUAGCUGUAGAGCGCUAUUGCAUCAUUAUCAUUAGAGCGCACUUUCAUGUGUUUCUGUUUUGCAGACGUUACAUUCAACGAGACCCUCCAAGCGUUCCUCAACGCCACUCGCGACGGUUUCAAACUUCUUGACGUCGACGCCGCUCCGCUUCUGAAACGAAGAGGAAUCAAAAGGCAGAGCAACGAUAAGGACAAUUCGUCGACACAGAAAAAGUGAGCAUUUUGGUAUAUGAAUCACAUUUGUUGGUUAGAAGAGCAGCGUGAAAGGGCCUUGGGCCCUUUUUGGGAGGGCCUGAAGACUGGGGGGAACUGUAAAAUACUGUGUAAAACCUGUAUGAGCUGUACAGAGACCAUAAAAUCCUUCAUGAAGUGUACAAAAAGUAUAUGAGCUGUACAAAAACUGUACAGAGACUAUAAGAGCCUUCAUGAACUGUACAAAAACGGUAUGAACUUCGUUUGGGUUGAGCCCAGGGUUGGCCCAUGAAUUUGGGCUGGGUUGGGUUAGGGUUCGGGUUGGGCUUUAACCGAAAGAUGUUUUUGGUUACUGGUUCGGGCCGGUUUGGGCAGUUUUUUUCGGCCCAACCUGGACCAAACCCAAGUAUAUUGGACCGGUUUGGAACCCUGGUAUGAAGUGUACAAACGCUAUAUGAGCUGUACAAAAACAUUCUGCAAAACUUUCCAUUUCUGCAAAUUUUCCUAAUCGAAUUAACGUCUCCUGUAUAAAAGCCAUCAUGCUCCAAUCACAUUCCUCAUAUCGAAAAUAAUUUCUCAUGAAGCUUCUGAUUCUCCUCUUCACCAUCUUCUCAAUGGCGGCUGCUGUUUGUCAACGUGCUUGUCCACGCUAUUAUGUCUGCGAAGGCAGGAGAUGCAAACCUACUCCCGGAUAAACCUGGUCUAGGAUCACAGAGAUUGACCUAUUUUCAGUAUCUUUGUCAAAAAAUAAAGUGUUGUGAAGUUAGAAUAAGCUUUUUUUACAUUUUCCUUUGAAUUUUCUACAAAAUGAUACUAAUUAAGGAUACUUUUGUAGCCCAGAGUUGUCCUAUAUUUUUCUGCAAAAAAAAUUCUGCAAACUUGCCUUUUAAUCGAAUCAAAGCCUCGUGACCCAUAGGGCUUCCGAAAAUUCCCCUUAUCUAAUCAUUCGAAUCAAAAUUUCCGCAUAAAAGCCCAGCUCCAAUCGCAUUUCUCAUAUCACAACUUCGCUAUGAAGUUCUUGAUCGUUCUCCUCUUCACAAUCUUCGCAUCGGUGGCUGCCUGAUGUGAAAUUUGUCCACCUGGGACUCACUGUGAAGGUGUACACUGCGUGGCUGAUCCUGUGAGCAAACCCGAACCAAUACCGUGUUGGCCUCUAAAUUGCGAUCCUAGCGGUUAUUGCUGUCAUGGAGUAUGCAUUCAAAGCGGCGAGUUCUGUCCUGACUUCUAAUUUUAUUGAUUUUCGAAAUGAAGUUUCUUAUCUGCAGCUAUUCCAUUUGAUGAACAAAUUUUCUGAAUUCAUCGAAAUAUUGAAUAAAGUUUGAAUGUUCCUCAAAGAUUCAGCUAAUCGAAUCAACACAUUAAACUUCCACAUAAAAGCCCUGCUUUUUAAAACAUCUCAAAUUAUCAUUCUGUAUCAUGAAGCUUCUGAUUCUGCUCUUCACAAUCUUCUCAUCAAUUUCUGCUCGAUGUAAUGUGAUUUGUCCAAGCCGAUUUGUUUGCAAAGGCGAUAGAUGUGUGCUGGCUUCUGGAUAAGAUUCGCUUGUUAUUUGAAAAUGAAGUUUAUUCAGAAUCUUGUUCGUUAUAGCUAAAUGCAAAAACUUCCUCAUUCCCCCUGGAAUCAUCGAAAGAUUGAUCAAAUUAUAGAUGUUCCACAUAAAAACCCAGCUCCAAUGUCGUUCCUCAUAUCAAAACAAAAUUCUCAUGAAGCUUCUGAUUCUCCUCUUCACCAUUUUCUCCGCUGCGGCUGCCGCUGCCGCUAACUGUACCAAAUGUCCAGUUGACAAAUGUCAUUACUGUGAUAAUGGAGUAUGUGUUUUAUACGAAGAAUAUGACUGGCCGUGGAAUGAUUGUUAAUGAAGUUUUGUUCAUUUGCAAAAUUGUCCAUAGAGCGCAUUUGCUUAUCUCAUUAAAAUUUUUUAACGUUAAAGUUUCCCAAGUUUCGUCUUUCAAGCCUGCCAGAUUUACUUCAUCCUAGAGCUUUAUCAGGUGCUUAACUAGAUUCUAGUUGUUUUCAAAAUGCAAAAAACUUCCUCAUUCCCCCCUGGAAUCAUCGAAUCAGAUGAUCCAAUCAAAAUGUCAAUAUAAAAGCCCACCUCCAAUCACAUUCCUCAUAUCAAAAACAAUUUCUCCAUGAAGUUCUUGAUCGUCCUCUUCACAAUCUUCUCGAUGGUGGCUGCCUGGUGUGAACUAUGUCCACCUGACACUUAUUGUCAUAAUGGAAUGUGCUUGCCUGGCGAGAAACCAGUUCCACGGCAGUGUUUGCCUGAUUGUCCUAUUGGAUUCUGUUUUGAUGGACAUUGCGCGAUACAUAUCGAUUGAGAUGGAGAAAUUCAGAUCUUGUUGAGAAUAAACCUUUGAUUUUGCACAUUUAUUUUUUUUCUGGGUUGUUAGAUCUUAUUAUCAAGAACCUUCCGAACUCGCAUCGAUUUUUGAAUUCCUGAAGGACUUUGAGUUAUCCUAUGUUCUUCAGCGGAAUCUCGAAUGCUUCUUGCAGAAUGAUUUUGCAAAUUUGUCUUUUAAUCGAAUCAAGGCCUCGUGGUCCAAAGGGCCCCCGAAAAUUCCCCUUAUCGAAUCAUUCGAAUCAAAAUUCCCACAUAAAAGCCCAGCUCCAAUCACAUUCCUCAUAUCAAAAACAACUUCGCUAUGAAGUUCUUGAUCGUCCUCUUCACCGUCUUCUCAUUGGUGGCUGCUUUUUGCGAAUGUCCACGUGGACAGCAUUGCACCAGAGGAGGAAAAUGCGAGCGGGAUAUAGGUGUCAAUGGGUGUCCGUUUUAUGGUGGUCGUGAAUGUCCGUAUGACAUGAAAUGUUGUCAUGGAAAAUGUAUUGGAUGGAGACGAGAAUGUCCAGAGGACAACAACUUGUUCUAAUGGUUUUGAAAUAAAGUUUCUCAUUUGCAGUCUCAUGUCAGAAAUUCUAGUGUUAUUUCAAUAGAACCAGAGUUACCUUGGAGCGCGUUUGCUUUCGGAUUUUCAUCUGUUGUGCCCACUAAAGUGUUUGCACACAGUGUGUCGCUAGAGCGCACAUGCUGAUUUUGUCGUUUGAAAAUAAAUAUGGGAAAUCUGUUUUUCCAGUGUUUCUUGUGUCUUUAAGGUCCAUUUCAAAAGAAUAUGCAAAAUUAAAGCUUUAUUCUCAACAAGCUCUGAAAAUGGAUGAAACAAUUAAACGCCGACGUCACCGUAGACACAUUGACCAGAUUUACAAAAUUUGAACCAUCCACAAUCAGAAUUGCUUUGGCAUGACUGAGCAGCCACCGAUGCGAAGAUUGUGAAGAAGGAGGACGAUCAAGAACUUCAUAGCAAAGUUGAUUGUUGAUAUGAGAAGUGAACUUGAAGCUGGGCUUUUAUGUGGUAAGUUUUGAUUCGAUUUGAGAAAUCGAUGAUUUCUCAAAUCAGAUAAGCGGAAUUUUCGAAGGCACAGGGGCCUUGAUUCGAUUCAAGAAGUUUGCAGAAACUCAAAGUAUCAAAAAUAUUUGAAUUCAGAAUUCAAAACCACUGCACACAAAACGCGCCCAGCCUCACAGGAUUGACGUGUUUGUGUGAAGGCGCGUUUUGUGUUUUAUUUUCGAAAUUGGUUUUUUUGUUUUGUGAGAAGAACUGAGAUUCUUGAUGGAUUUUUGAUUUUGUAACUAUUUGAGCAAAUCCCAAAUAUUUUUCAUACUUUGUGCCUCCGAAAAUUCCGCUUAUUCGAUUUGAGAAAUCAUCGAUUUCCCAAAUCGAAUCAAAACUUCCACAUAAAAGCCCUGCUCAAAGUUCAUUUCUCAUAUCACAACUUCGCUAUGAAGUUCUUGAUCGUCCUCCUCUUCACAAUCUUCGCAUCGGUAGCUGCUCAGCCAUGCAAACGCGAUUCAGAUUGUGGAGCUUUUCAAUAUUGUAGUUUUGGUGGAUAUUGUGUCUUGGAAGACGCCGCCGGAUAAUUGUUUCACUCAUUUUCAAAGCUUGUUGAGAAUAAAGCUUUAACUUUGCAUAUUUGUUUAAAUCCUGUUAUUGCGGUGUCCAAAGCAGAAAAAAACGCACUGUCUGUUGCUCUUGUCUACACACACUAUUUUUCUGUUCGUUGCGAGACCCGUUUGCAUGGCCUUCAAUAUAAAAAUGAAGAAGAAACCCCGAGUUUUAGACGUUUUUUUUCUGCUUUGGGCACCGCAUAUCAAAAUGUGCAUCAUAGGAACUGCAAAAUGAUUCUGCAAACUUGUUGAAUCAUCAAGUCUCAUGUGCCCACGAAAUUUCUCUCCUUAUCGAAUCAUUCGAAUCAAAACUUUCCACAUAAAAGCCCAGCUCAAAUUACAUUCCUCAUAUCAAAAACAACUUCGCCAUGAAGUUCUUGAUCGUCCUUCUCUUCACAAUCUUCGCAUGUGUUAAUGCUUUUGGCUUCUUGCCGGAAUAUGAUGAUUCCGAAGUUGUUGCUGAGUUCAUCUCAAACAAUCAAUUCAACUCGUAUCCUUACUGUUCUCCUGAUUGUGAUCUUACGUCCCACUGUUGUAAUGGAGCCUGUGUCGAUGAAGAUAUUCCAUGUAAACCUAAAUAAGUGUUUUUCUGUGAGCUCGUGAGAAUGAAGAUUGCAUUUUUGUGGGAGAUUUCUGAUGUUCUUGCACAGAGUUCAACAAAAAAUAUUUGCAAAAUGCAAAAAAUCUCGCGAUUCCCUGCAAAUUGAUUGAUCGAAUCAUAGAUUCCAUAUAAAAGCCUCAACAUCUCAUUGUCAGCAUUAAAUUCUGCAUCAUGAAGCUUCUGAUUCUCCUCUUCACAAUCUUCUCAUUGAUCUCUGCCUAUUGUGGAUUUCGGAAAUGUCGACGUGGAAGUCACUGUGAAGGUUCCCGCUGUGUGCCUAAUGUCAAAGAAGAGCCGCAGUGUGAUCACAGACGGAAUUGUCCGUUUGAAACUCGAUGUUGUCGUGGAAAAUGUAUUUCACCGUUUUUAUGUCGUAAAUAUUGAUUUUAUUAAAGUUUAGAAUAAAGUUUGUUUCUAACUGCAAUUUGGUGUUUUGGAUGCCGGGAUUCGUUUUCAGCAUAGUCGAUUUAGUAAGAUUCAUCGGAAGUUAGGUCCAUCUCGUUCUAUAGGGGAAACCAAGAACUUUGGACAUUGAACAAUAAAAACAAGUGAACAGAAAACGCGCCAACGUCACAAGCACUGACGCGUUUUUGCAAAGAAAGGUUGUGUUGCAGCAGAGUUAAUUCGGUUAGCCAAGUUUGCAAGAAAAACUCUGCCCAAUUUUCCCGUAUAAAAUCCCUGCUCCCCAAUCGCAUUUCUCAUACCAACAAAAUAUUUCGCUAUGAAGUUCUUGAUUGCUAUUCUCUUCACAAUUUUCUCAAUGGCGGCUGCUCACAUCUGCAACGCCAAUACCUGUAAUUAUCCAUAUAGAUAUUGCGGAGAUGGUGAAUGCAAAUUCCUUGGUUUCUGUUUGUGAAGUAAAAUAAAAUUAAAAUGAGCACAUUUUCUUGCACGAAAAAACCUAAUUUCUGACAAUACAAAGUAAGAUUCAUUGAACAAAUUUUAAAAAAUCUCAACACUUCAUUCCGAUUCAUCCACACGACAUUUAUCACCAUCACAACAAGUGAAAUAUAGUUGAAAAUAUUAGGGUGUCCGGCUUUAGAAUGAACAGGGAACAUACAUGAACUAGUCGCUCCGGGGACCCUUGAGUUAACCCCCCUUCCAGGCGAAAUUUUUCAAAAAGUUAAUCCCCCUUAACCAAUUUUUUGUGGGUUUUUGGCCUCUAAAGGCAUAAAAUUUCCCAAAAUUUUCAGAAGUUAAGGGCCCUACCUCUAAAAAUUCACCAGAAGUUAACCCCCCUCCCUCCGAGUUCGUAGUCGCCAGUGAAGGGUUUCCGGGAUUCCUAACAAGCUGUUCAACAAGGCAACCUACCUCCCUGGUGGGCCGAAGCCCGUUCAAUCUACCACGGCCCAAAGAUUCAAUUCGAUUUUAAACUAAACUAGAGUUUGCACCAAACACCCUCCCCAAAGCCUAUUUUCAAGACAAAUCCGAAAAGCCAACACAACUUGGUGAGUUGUGCUAUCUAUAACCACCUAAUUUCACAUUUUCGAGUGUCUUUACCCCCUCCCCCCUCCUUUAAAAACCCUUUUUCUUGCAGAAUCGCGCAAUUCGACACCCUUCCCGAAGAAUCCGAACUUCCCACAUCUUCUUCUUCUUCUACAAUCACAGACACAUCGCGUCCAAGUAAUUUAGGAAUGAUGAAUUAUCGCGAACCAAUGUCGGGAACGAUUCGCGAAACACGUGGAUCCGAUUCGUCUUGA